GAGUUUGUAUUUUGCGGAUGUCGCGGGAGGUUCGUUCGCUCCGUUGUCGGUGUUUGGAAUUGAGUGUUUUUGAAACAGCGAUCGGGUCUUGUGCCGGUAUUCUGAAUGUAAGAAAAAUAUUUCAAAAUAUAAUAACCUUAGCCAGUGGUUUUUGAUAGAUAAGUGAGUGAGAUCCUUGAGUUCUGUUGAUCUCAGCCUCCCACUGAGGCGCAACAGUUGUUUCCGAAUAAGAUUCUGUAUGGAAUUAAUAUCCGUGUGUGUUUUUUUAAAGAGCUGAGCGAGAAGUUGGAUUUGUUAUUGGAAAGUACAAACAGCGCUCCCAUAGACACACACUCGAUGCGGCCGAGCCAACAAAUCCCCGACAAAUCUUAAACCAGUUUUAAGAUACAUAUUCUUGGUGUCAGUGUGUGCAUGUUGAUUUUUUCUGGCAUUGUUUUCGUUUUUUUAUUUCGUGCUGCUGGCUCUGCAUCUUUUUUGUGUACCCGUACCCUUUUCGCUCGCCUCUAAUCGCGUUUCCAUUUUCUGGCCGCCGUCCAGAUCCGAGGUUUUGGUUUUGGGUUUGGGUCCAAGCGAGCAACAAGUACCCCUGCCUAGUACCUAUAUCUAUGUCUACACCCAUACCCACACCGAUGCCAAGUGCCUGCCCGCGUCUCGCUCCGUCUCCCAUCUGAAAACCCGAAAACCACGGAAAGAAACGAGCUUAGAUUCUAACGAGAUCAGCACGCCAGUUGGUAACUCUUCCACAAUUGGACCACUUUGAAUGCUGUACGAAGCACCUCCAAAAUACGGCGAAGAUCGCACAAGAAACCCCGAAAGACCACCAACAAAAGAAGUUCAAACAAUGUAACGACAACUUAAACGAUCCUAACACAAUUGAAAGGCGGAAAAUUAUUGUAUUGCCCAAAAACUAAAAAUUGAACAGACCUCAAAAGCACUCCAGCGAAAUCAGCAUGUCUUCCGGCCUGAUGUCGUGUGUGAGGGAAAACUCGCCGCCGCUGGAAUCGGAGUUGGAUGCCAGUGGAGCCGGGGGACCAUUGUCAAUGCCGGAGGGCCACGCCCACGCCCACGCAGUCACCUCUACGCCCAUCUCCAGUCCAGGAAACGAUGCCCACCAAUCCCCAACCGCCGAGCAACAACAGCAGCAGCAGCAGAAGCGUCGUCGAUUUCAUCCGCUCCGUAACCUGCGGCGCAUCUUCCGGCGUCGAACCAUCAACAGCUCGGCGGAGAGUCCUGCAUCCUGUCAGUCGCCAGGACCCGGAUCCUGCAACACCUUGCCACCGCCCGCCAGCAGCAGCAGUGAGAAGAAUCUGCGCAGUGGGAUAGCAUCGCCACCAGGAUCUCCUCUGAAUCCGCAGCAACUGAAGGAGAACUACCAAACGCAAUCGCUGCCCAAGUCCAAAUCAUACGGAUCCCAUCGCGAUGAGCUGUUAAGCGUGCUCCUGGGCAAAAAGCGGGCCAGCAAGCAGGAUCACAGUCAGGUGGGAGGACAGUCCCAGUCACAGACGCAGACCCAAUCCCAAUCCCAGUCGCAGUCCCAACAGGAGGCCAUGUUUCAGGCCCAGCGACAACAUGGUGGCGUGGCCGUCUUCCCAGAUUCCCUUGGCCUCAAUCGGAACAGCUACUUUGCCGAGCAGAGAAUCCAACAGCGCCAUCUACGCAGUGUGGGUGACUCCUCCCAGGAGCUGGAAUCCGGUUCCGGUUCGGGAACAGGAUCAGGACCUGGUGGCCCCGACAUCUCCGACAGUCAGCGCAGCCUGAGCGAGGGUCGCCUCUUGGAUGUGGACGGGGAUUACUCUCGAGAUACCCUGUCUCAGUCACAUGACAGCGUCUUUUCCGAAUCAGCCACGGCUAGCAGUCUGUCUAUUGUACUCAAGGCGGAACUGACGGAUGUCUUGCGAAAGCGACGUAAUAGACCCGAUGCCUCCGACGAGGAUUUGGGUCUGCCCCGCAGUCCAGCUUCGCCACAACGAAGGGCAGCAGGUGGAACUAGUAGCAGCAGGAAUACCUCUGCCGUGGGUCACCAGUCGCGGGGUCACCACCACAGUGAGGUCUCCUCGCUGAGCCUGGUGAGCGUCAACAGUGCCGAGGCAGAGACGGAGGACAGCCAGAGCAGCUCCCAUCACCACCGCCAGCACCACUCGCGGGUGUCCACCAGUUCGUCCAUCUCGGUGGGAUCGGACAUAUUGCGAUCCCAUCACGAGGACGAUGUGGACGCCGUGGGCGGGGAACGGCACCGCCUUUCACAUGCGGCGGCCAAGCACAAAAUGGCCAUCAGGCCGGUGAAAAAGAAGGGACCCACCAGGCAGCAUCGCAUGACAUUGGAGACUUCCAUACCGGAGGCCAAUGAGGAUGUGCUGAAAAUAAGCCCUGGAUUGAGAGCUGUUCAUGAAGCAGACCUCAAGAGCAAGACGCGCUCCUUGCCACCGAAGACUCUGACUGCCAUUGCGCCACCUGUCCAGGUGAACGCCGCCAGCUCGGUGACCACCAAGCGGACCAAGACAAUCGAGCAGAGCUCCAGCAUCACCACAGUGACCAGCUCAUCCACGUCUUCCUCCACAAGCCAGAUGUUCGGACUUCGAGGACUGACCACCAAAACCAACGCGCUGCUGGAGAACCGCGGAGAGUCGUCCACGGAUGGUGAUGACUUCCUGGCCAACGAGAGGGAGGCCACCGAGAGUGGCUUCCUGCGCCGCCUGAUCCAUCGGAACUCCAAGAGAUCGAUAGCCAGGGCCAAUGAUGGCGUGGAGGAUACGGACUCCAGCCAGAGUGUGGCCAAGAAGCUGCAGAUCUCGACCUCCUGCCUGGAGGCAGCUGCUCGGGAACCCCUCCAAGUGCCGAACAAGUCCCGCAGUGCCACCUCCCACGAGCAGCACAUUCAGGAAACGCGGCAGACGAUCAAGCGGGAGAUCCACAACGAGGGCAAGCAUGGACUGAAUGCCAUGGUCAGUAACUAUGGAGUCCAUCCACAUCCGCCCACGGCAUUGAAACCGAAAUCCGGUCCAGCUGCCAGGCAGCGUUAUUUGCCCAAGGAACUGGGGGCCAUGCCACCGGUGGAGAAGCUCCCCUCGGGCAACGAUGUGACCAAUUUGCUGUCGAAGAGCUCGCGGGGCAACGACACCUUUCAGUCUACCACUUUGGUGCGGGAACAGCAGACCAAAGUGGAGUCCUCGUCCACCUCCUCCACCUCCACCGCCACACAUUUCGAGAGGAAAGCGAAGAUUGUGGGCCUGAGCGCCUUCCAGCAGAAGCUGUCGCGAUCCAGCGACUCAGUGGGCCAGCACUCCAGCUCCUCCAACUCGUUGGAGACCAGCACGGAUGAGCCCUCGCCACUGUACUACGAGGAGAAGCAGCGCAAGACGGUGGAGAAGUCGCGCAGCUUCCGGAACUACGAGGAUGAGCCGGUGGACUCCACUUCUGUGCACAACAACAUGCCCAGUUUGCCGGAUCUGUCGCUGAGUUUCCGGGUGCCUGCCUACUACAAGCAGACGCCCCAAUCCCCCUGCUCCCCCAUGUCACCCAAUGCCAAGUGUGUAUCCCUGGGAUUCGAGAUAAACGACAACAAGUUACUGCAGGCCCGAGCUGAAUCCACUGGACAGUUGCCAUCGGUGGCUAAGACGUCACCCCAGAAAACCUUGGCCACCACAAAACUGAUUGUGAGCAGUCCAGGAUCAGCGAAUAUCUCCCAGAUCGAGCAGAACAUCGACCUGAUCGUCAAGUCGCCCAUGGUGAGCGUUCUAAGGAAGUCCGGUAAUGUAGCAGAGAAGCUGCCCAAGGAGCCAUCUACUCCGACCAAGCAGCGACCCAAGCUGCUGGAUCUGGGAGCAAAGAUCACAGCUCCGGCGGCGAAUCCAACCCCGAGUCCGGCGAGUCCUUUGACCAAGAGUGCCAAGCUCUCCAACAGUCCGCCCACAACUCCGGCCAAGGGACAGAGCUCCUCUUCCUCCUCCAAUAGCCGACGGAAUUCCAGCAAUGUGGAGGUCACUGGCGAGCCGGAGUUCAUGAAGAUCCAGCUGAACCGCGUGGAUCAGGCUCGUCUGCACAAUAAGGCCAAUCACCUGGUGCUGGCCAAGAAUUUGAAGUCGCCCACGGAGAGGAGUCAGAGCAGCGAUGACCUCAGUUUCAGAAGGAACAGUGGCGAGAAUCUGGCUGGGAUUGAGAUUGUGGAGCACCCAGUUCAGGUCAAACCUUUGAGCCCGGUGGUCAGGCCGACGACACUGGAGCCCAGUUUGGGCAGGCAAUUGAGAUCCGUGAGUGCCAAUAGCGUGAGGACGAGUUAUGGAAGUAGCAGUGAGGGAUUGGCCACACCGGUUACCCCCGCCACCACUCCAAGUACACCCAAAAGCAAUGGAUUGCCGAAGAGUAAUCCCAUUACUCCCAGGAGCGGAAAGGAAGCCAAGGAGCCAGUGAGUCCCAGGGAGCCGGCCAAAAGCAAUCGCCUUUCGCUAGAGGAUCGCAAGCGGUUGUUCCUCAGCGAAGAGCGAUCAAAGGUUGCGGAGCAGCGCAGGAAAUCCAUUACCAAGGCGGAGGCCACUCCAUCUGCUCCUGCACCACCCACUCCCUCGGUGAUUCCAACCUCUCCUGCCAUUCCAGUCGCCACUCCCGUGGCCUCGCCCACCACAUCCGAAAUCUGCGAGGUCAAUGGCAACAUGGGCUCACCCACCUCCAAUCCCGUGGUGCUGCGCAAGAAAUCCUUUGCCAGCUGCAAUGGCAACCCUAGUCCUUCCAAGGACGAUCCCACGCCGGAGCUGAUGAAGGUCUUUGCCCGCCGUUCGCUGAAGGUGAAGGAUGACGACGUGGUGACCCUGCCGCAGGCGCAGGCACAGCCUCUACCUCCUGCCCCAGUAACCACCACCAGUAAGAAACUUCAAUCCAGUGGUGGAAGUGGAGGUCAGAGCGUGGACAGCGACAAGGAGAACCAGUCGAACAGCGAGGAGAAACUGGACAAACUGGCGACGAAGAGCGAGUCGCACGUGACCCAUCAUCCGACCAACAAUCGCAAUUCGGUGGCCGACUUCCGCAAUCUCAACCAUAACCACAACAACAAUAAUCUUCAGCAGCAGCAGCAGCAGAAGGUGCCGCCCAAGGUUGUCACCUAUCUGCCCCCCAUCAAGAGCAACAAUCAGGGACGCAGUAGCCUGAAUAACAACAUGAGCAACAAUAAUUCAAGUGCAAAGCCCCCGGGAGAAAGAUUCUCCCUGCAACUGAAGCAGGCCAAUCCCAUGGCAACUACUCCAUCCUCUCCAGCAGCAGCAACACCUGUUGCAUUGCCACCAGCAACACCUGCAACAUCUGCAGCUGGAACACCCAGUAAACCCAUCGAGAGAUCCGCCACCGUGGGCGAGUUCAAGGGAAUCCACCAGAGACGCGCCGAGUGGGAGCAAAGGGCCAAGGAGGCGCUUAAGUAGGGGAUUUAAACAAGGAUCACCUGAUCCCCUAGCAGACCAGACUGUACCUAGCCUAGCUGCAAUCCAAGUGCUUUCGUCUAGUGAUGCCCUCAAUCGAACUGGGAAGGCAACAAAAUUACUAAGGGAAUAAUCAAAUUAUCAUUAUAAAAAACACAUUAGCUAAAAAACCUGUAAAGAAUCGCAAAUGAAAUCAAAGUUGAGGGCGCCGGACUGUCCGUAGGUCAUCCAAAGACAAUAGCGACCUGCUCGGGUCCGGCUCCCAAAAAACACUCUAUAGGCAAUAACUAUAUACCGAUCUUCAAAAAGUGACUAGCGUAUACUUAUUUUUAGUCUAUCCAGCGUAUCGUUUACAAAUUGAGAAAAUAAGCUUCGUUUCGAAUUUGUUCUGUGCAUGUCGAGAAAUGUUAUCAAAUAAACUAAAGUGCAACUAACUCUUAAUUGACAUAAAAAAAAAUUUAAAAAAACUUAAGGACUGUGAGUAUAAUUACGCGUAGCAAGGAGCCUGAUAUUCGAAACAUUUGAUUUACUUUAAGUUGAUAUUUUGCAAGCUUUUAAUCGGUAGGAGAGAAUGAUUUUACUAUUUAGGCUAACUAUUAUUACUUUCUACCUUGUUUAUGUAUAAUUAUAAUCUUUGAAGUCAGCUGAGAUUACAGAUCCCUGAGUGUAACGAAUGGAAAUCCAAACAUAUUCACACCCAAGUGUAUUUAAAGCAUUGCGAUUGUACAAUUGUUGUCAAAGGGACAAGUUUGUAAAUGUACAUACAAAUAAAUAAAAUCGAACUAAUAAAUAUCCAAGUAAA